CUUUUCAUUACUGAGAAAGCCCAAGGUAGGGCCUCAUGGUUUGUGGGUUUCUUGGGGACUAGAGAGAGGGUGUCGUCCACUACUGGGGCAUUUUUGGGGCGCCAUUGGAACAACAUAUUACCUUGUAGCCAUCACUUCCAUUUCGAUCUGCUUUAAACUACCACUUUGAUAGUCAGUCACUUACACUAGUAGUCGGAGCUCAUUCCCGCGAUCGCUUUUGUGGGCCCUACCAGUGACAUCGCGGGCCAUUAACACCGCCGGAGUAUACCAAGGACUCCCAAGAAUAUUGUUGGACUUGUUGCAUACUUCAUGGCAUUCUCAGAACCUGCAAGUGCAGAAAGGAACGCAACACAAGCUAAUACUUGUACGAGGAAGCCACGGAUUCUACUUGCUGCUAGUGGAAGUGUAGCUGCUAUAAAGUUUGGGAACCUCUGCCGUUGUUUUUCUGAAUGGGCAGAAGUAAAAGCAGUCGCCACUAGGGCUUCUUUGCCUUUCAUCGAAAAAGCAUCACUUCCACAAGAUGUAAUGCUUUAUACUGAUGAAGAUGAGUGGUCAACUUGGACGAAGAUAGGUGAUGGCGUGCUUCACAUUGAGCUCCGCAGGUGGGCUGAUAUCAUGGUUAUUGCUCCAUUGUCUGCAAACACACUUGGCAAGAUUGCUGGGGGAUUGUGUGACAACCUGCUGACUAGCGUUGUGCGAGCAUGGGAUUACAGUAAGCCACUCUUUGUGGCACCAGCCAUGAACACAUUCAUGUGGAACAAUCCCUUCACAGAACGGCAUCUUGUGUUAAUUGACGAGCUCGGAAUUUCGCUUAUCCCACCCGUGACGAAAAUGCUAGCUUGUAGGGAUUACGGAAAUGGUGCAAUGGCUGAACCUUCCCUCAUCUUCUCAACGGUAAGACUCUUUUUAGAGUCAAAGGCUCAAUCAAGUGCUGGUAGUGUUCAGUAAUUCGUGACUAAAAUCUUUCAUUUCCAGAAAUGAUGGAAGAGUGAUUCAAUUUAUAUGUACAGAAUGUUAAGACUUCUUGUAAUUUUCACAUGUAGGGUGUGAGAGUUUGUUCGAAUCAUGUGUUAUUAAUUGUGUUUUGCUCAAAUCAUGUGUUGUUUAUUAGAUAAGUGUGUUCGGAUUCAUCGAGUUGGAGGUCAGGU